CUGGGACUAGGCACCGCCGCGAGCCAGCCCCUUACCUUAAACGCUAACGAUAGCCUGCCCUACAUAGCAGCCCGGCAGCGCCUCGUGCUCCAAAGCUGCUGCUCCAGGAAUUGCCAGAUCUUUUUUUCUUGCAAAACACUGUUGCGCCUUUUAUUAAAAGUGGACCUAACACCACCUUACUACCUUGACAUGGGAGACAUGGGGGAUCCACCUAAAAAAAAACGGCUGAUUUCUUUAUGUGUUGGAUGUGGAAAUCAAAUUCACGAUCAGUAUAUUCUGAGGGUCUCUCCAGAUCUGGAAUGGCAUGCAGCGUGCUUGAAAUGUGCAGAAUGCAAUCAGUAUUUGGACGAGUCUUGCACCUGUUUUGUUAGAGAUGGGAAAACCUAUUGCAAAAGGGACUACAUCAGGUUAUAUGGGAUCAAGUGCGCUAAAUGCAACAUAGGUUUCAGCAAGAAUGAUUUCGUCAUGAGAGCGCGCUCCAAGGUGUACCAUAUCGAGUGUUUUCGGUGUGUGGCCUGCAGCCGGCAGCUUAUCCCCGGGGACGAGUUUGCUCUAAGAGAAGAUGGCCUGUUUUGCAGGGCAGACCACGACGUUGUGGAGCGGGCAACAAUGGGGGCAGGGGACCCCCUUAGUCCUUUGCACCCCGCAAGACCUUUACAGAUGGCGGCAGAACCCAUAUCUGCCAGACAACCUGCACUUCGUCCACACGUUCACAAGCAGCCAGAGAAAACCACUCGGAUUAGGACAGUACUCAACGAGAAACAGCUUCACACUUUGAGAACUUGUUACAACGCCAACCCCAGACCUGACGCUCUUAUGAAGGAGCAGCUGGUGGAAAUGACGGGCCUUAGUCCCAGAGUCAUCAGGGUCUGGUUUCAAAACAAGCGAUGCAAGGACAAAAAGCGGAGUAUUCUAAUGAAACAACUCCAGCAACAGCAACCCAACGACAAAGCGAAUAUCCAGGGGUUGACAGGGACUCCUAUGGUGGCUGCUAGUCCAGAGAGACACGACGGUGGUUUGCAGGCGAACCCAGUGGAGGUGCAGAGUUACCAACCGCCUUGGAAAGUACUGAGCGACUUCGCACUGCAGAGUGACAUAGACCAGCCUGCAUUUCAGCAAUUGGUCAGUUUUUCAGAAGGAGGACCAGGUUCAAAUUCGACUGGAAGUGAAGCUGCGUCUAUGUCCUCUCAGCUGCCAGAUACUCCCAACAGUAUGGUAUCAAGUCCUAUAGAGGCAUAAAAGGGUGGAUUUAUAACCCAUUUCAAAAGCCCGAAUAUAGGAGGCGUUGGGAAACUGGACAUAUUAAUUAUGGUCAAGACAAAUGUGCGAUCUGGUUUUUACGUCAGAAAAGUGAACUGAUCAACUGCACGAAACCUCUUUAUUUAAACAACCCCUGGUUUUAUUUGUAUACACUGUGAAGACAAUCAUGGGAAUAACAAAGAAGCCAAAAUAUGCUCCGACAAACAUCCAAGAAAACGUUCAGAAUAACCUACGAGAAGAUGUCCAUGACGUAAAUGCUGUGUGCUGCACGGAAACAGUGCAUACAUGCAAGCAUUUUGACAGGAACAAAUGGAUAGGCAUAAUCUCAUCACGUUUAAAUCGAUCGACCUGUUAGGAUGGUUACAGCCUUGCCAAAAAAAGAAGAGGAAGAAGAAAAAGAAAUGGAAAGUUGGUUGGAGUUUUUUUUUUUUAAUCUUAAGGUACCGGAUAUAGGAUGAUGCAAUCUGAAAUUCAGAUUAAUGCAUUCUUGCGCUCGAUGUUUGCAUUUUCAACCCAAGGGCACGUCAAUGCCGGUUCCAUUAGCUGUUCAUGAGAUCACAAAACCACAUGAUGUUUGAAUGGGGAUCACAGAUAGGCCCAUUCCUUGUCAUUUUGUGUUGAUUUUUCUCUUGAAAAGCCCAAGUACUAAAGCAUCGCAACAAGGUAUACCUCUAUUUUUGCCACAAGCAUCGUGGGAAUAUUGUGUCUGAUUUUGUGUCCAUCCAAUAACGUUUUCCAAAGAGAUAUUGGUUAAAACGUUGAUUAGUUCAUUUUUGUUAUGUUCUUGAACGGCAAAAAAAGAAGAAAUAUAUAUAGAUAUUAUUUAUUAUUUAUUGUCGAAAGACGUGCCACAUUUCAUGUAUAUCUGUUUGCUGAAGUAAAAAGACAAGCCGUGCUCUGAAUCA